AUAUGUUAUUAUCGGUCACCAGAGGCCGUAAUAAUCGUAGUUCCUUCUUCGAUACUCGUGGCUAAACUAGGUCUCGACCCUGGUCCAACUACCGAUCCUUCACUUCACACGUUGGUCAUCACCCCGAAAAGUUUGGCUUACGUUGCAGAAGAAAAGGACAAGAACUCUGAAUGUUCCAUUGCCGCGAAAAGUACCUGUAGUGAAAAUGCGGCGGGACGGUCAAAACUUUGGAGGAAGAACUUGGCUGCUCGCUUGAAGAACCACAAUUUACGUAGCAUUCAGCCCUCUACAUCUUUAGCGAUGCCUCGCGGCCGCGAGGAUCCCGUUUCUGAUUCGGUUGUGAAAGAACCAAUGACUGCAGCAGCCGUAGCGGUGCCUGCGGAGCAAACCAUUUCGCCGUAUGACGGUCUUUUAGACUCGAACCUUAGUAUACAGACAAUAAUACGAGACCCAAGACUGGCCAAACGAUUCAAGCCAAACAUAGAGUUUGGGACUAUGACCCUUGUUCCUGUUUCGGCUCCAUCACCGGGGCCGGCUUCUGCUGUGAUGCAGGACGUCACUCCAGUUAUUGCGUUGGGUUCAACAGCGGAUCGAACCCAAUCUCCGACGCAGGAUUCGUCUAUGAUUCUGUCUUCUACCUCAACAUCCUCUCUCAGUUUUAUCGUUGCUGUAAACAAACCAGAACUCCCGAAAAUGAAUGCAAAUAUUAAGCAGGAGUCAGAAGACCUUUUGUCCGAAAUCAACAGUACUGUAUCUAUUGUCGAAUUGGAACCUGAACUGAAACCGAAAACUCUGCUAGAAUCGGCAGAUAAGAGUGAUGGCUACAUGUUAAUCCGUUUGACGUUAUGCGAGGACGAUCUUCAGUAUACUGAGAAUGAUCUUCAGGAUGAUGAAGAAGCAUUUUGCUGUUUUGGUUAUGGAUCGAAUCCCGUCCCGCUGUCAACGACGCAACGCUCAAGCUUUAUUGAGGUAACAUUUUAUAUUGUUGAAAUUUGGAGCAUGCAUAGCUUGAGUUUAAUAAUAGAGGAUAGAUACUAUUUACAUCUAAGUGUGGGAAUGCGGAUCUCAUUUGAUCGUCUGUCUCUGGAAGGAUCUUCUGUCGUGGCACUUUUGCAAAGCUGCUUCCUGCGCCUUUAAUU